AUGGCUGGCUGGGGGGGCUUCUUCUUUUCUCUCCUCAACUACAAAACGGAGAAAUAUGUCAUUGCCGAAAACAGAAGAAUCGGAAUAUUGUUUCGGCUCUAUCAGCUGGCCGUGCUGGGAUACAUUAUUGGGUGGGUGUUUGUGGUGAAGAAGGGGUACCAGGAGAAAGAAGAGGCCAUCCAGAGCUCAGUCAUCACCAAGCUUAAAGGCGUCACUCUGACCAACACUUCUGAGGCAGGGCCUUACCUGUGGAGUGCCGAGGACUAUGUCAUACCCCCAAAUGGUGAGCAGGUGUUCUUUGUAGUAACAAAUUACAUAGAGACCCCCAAUCAGAGGCUGGGCUUCUGUGCCGAGAGUUCCAAGGUGCCAAAUGGACGAUGCCAAAGUGAUGAUGACUGCAUCGAGGGGGAGCCUGUAACUGCAGGUCAUGGUAUCAAGACCGGCUCGUGUCUAAACAACACUGGGACCUGCGAGAUUCAUGCUUGGUGUCCUGUUGAAUACAACAAAAGACCCACAGAGCCCUUACUAAGUGAAGCAGAAAACUUCACCAUCUACAUCAAGAAUUUCAUCAGGUUCCCCAAGUUUGAAUUCUCCAAAUCCAAUGUACUCGAAACCUCUGAUGACAGCUACCUGAAGAGAUGCUCCUAUGACAGAGAGAACCAUCCUUACUGCCCCAUCUUUAGCCUCAGAGAUCUGGUUGGCAGCACUGGGUAUGACUUCCAGGAAAUGGCUGUAAAGGGAGGCUCUGUUGGCAUUCUCAUUGAGUGGAACUGUGACCUGGAUAAAGAUUAUUCCCAGUGUAAUCCAGUGUACAGCUUCACCCGUUUGGACAUUAAUUUGAACAACUCGAUCACAUCAGGAUACAACUUCAGAUAUGCCAAAUACUAUAAGGAUCAAUAUGGUGAAACCUAUCGCACAUUGUAUAAAGUGUAUGGGAUUCGCUUUGAUAUAAUGAUCAAUGGUCAGGCUGGGAAAUUCAAUAUUGUGCCCACAGUGAUUGCCAUUGGCUCGGGCGUUGCUCUCCUCGGUGCAGGAGCUUUUGCCUGUGAUAUGAUAUUAUUGUACAUGAUGAACACGAGCUCCUUCUACCGAGAGAGGAAAUUUGAAAUCAUCAACUUCAAGAAAGAGAGGACCAAAGUCAAGGAUGAGAAAGCAGGCCAUCGGGAAAGGAGGUCCAGGAAACCAGCGGCAGAGAAAGAAGCCGCAAACUCCAUCAAAAAGCUGGAAGAAACUGAACCCACCGCAGGAUCUUCUGCAGAGAGCGAGCUACCUGUGGAGAAAAGGGGUCCCACGAUUCCACGUAACACGGGACAGCGAUACUCUGCUACUCUCCCACACCAGGGCGCUGAGACAAAGCAUCACAUUACUUUCACUGCACACAAUUAGAUCUGCAGGCAGAGCGUGAUCACCUGUUUGUUCUCCUGCAGAAGGCGGAACCGAAAGUGGGACUCAUGCCCACUUCUUACCUGCCAGUACGACUGCUGGCACGGUCACAAGCACGAGUGAUGCCCUGACUGAAGAUGUGUUGAUCCAGGGGAAUGUCAAUGUUCUGCAGUGUGCAUGGGGUCAGGACACGGAAGAAGGUAGCAGGAUUUAAGAAUGGGAUGUAGGAGUUUAAAACAGGUCCAUUAACAACCAACUAGCAAUUAUCAGUCACAAUAAUUAAAAUAAAUGGUAAUAAAAGUAAAAAUGUGAAAAAUAUAGGCAAAUAUUUCCUGGGAACUGUUUAAGAUACAGUACUGAUAUACCCUUUCUUUAUGUUUUAAGACUUUUGCACAGUACUCUAUGUGCAGUUUAAUCUUUGUGCUACAGUAAAAAUAAAUAAAUAAAAAGUAACACUAUGCUUCGCACACGCUGCAGCCAUUUGUAUUAAACCAAAUGCUCACCAUGGAUCUCAGAAGCAGACAAAUAUGUGAAACCGCAAAAUCAGUCUGGGGAAAAAAAAAUGCUAAAAAGCAACUUUUUGUAAGCCUGCACUUAGAAGCAAAACAUAAGAAAAUGUGUGGUCUUAAGUGUGUUUUUACAGCUGGACACAUUGUGUAUUGUGUUGUAAAAUGUACUGUCAAACACUGCUGUUGUUUUCUGCUUUAUGUUCAGAUAUCUGUGCCAACUGUGGCUUUAGCAUCGGCCAUCCAACGGCCACAACUGAUGAGCUUUUACACAGUAAUCACAUGUGACACUGUAGGAAUGCAGCCUGCCAUGCACUAUGAGUCUAAUGUGAGUGGACACGCUCACUGUAGCUGAUGGUCAUCGAAUGGACGCUGAAGUUCAGGGUCUCCCUCUACUGU